UACUCGCGUGCGCUUCAAACAACGUAAUUGACAUCGAAAGCAAAUAAGGUAUACAAAUUCGCUUUGUACACCAUUUAAAGCUUCUUAUAACUUUUUAAAAAACAUUUGAAUACCUCUAUAUUGUGUUGUCCUUCACUUUCCCUGUGAUACCACCUCACGCCAACAAGUACAUUGAUGCAGAUAAACUUUGUGACGGAGAUCGUGAGACAAGUGUUGUGGUACUGAAGUCUAGAGACCCUUUUACACUUUCGUGCAUGUUACUUCGAUGCAGCUUCAGAACCAGCAAUGAAAAGAGGAAGUGGACCACCUCCCCAUCGGUACGGCAUGCAGGAUAGAGGUCAGCGCCCUUAUCAAGUCUUAAACCAAACGUUCGGCCACAAAGAAUCCUAUCAGGCGGAGACCAGUUGCGGUAGAGGGCCUUGGAAUUCUUCUGAACGUGUGAAUACCGUAAACAGCAGUUUUAAUGAACAGGAAGCCUCUUCGCCAGUUAACGCAAAUUGUGUACAAAAUCAUGAAAAUAAUGCUGAAAAUAGUUAUCCUUCCAUGUCUAACAUUAAUAUGAGUAAGAUGUUUCCUUUACACCCAACUACAAUGCCUCCACCACCACCACCAUCCCAACAGCCAUUUCAGCUGCCACACUUUGGUCUGCCACUGCAGCAUCCCCCACCCUUAUAUUUACCGCCCCCAAAUUUGCUUCCACCCCCUCCAUUGCCACAGUUGCGUCCUCCACUAUUCUCCAGUACAUUGACAUCACCCCCACCAGUACCAGUUCCAGGGUUUCCUCCUCCAUCACUGCCAAUGCCACCACAACCACCAUUUCAAGGGUAUCAGAUGGCACUUUCUCAAGGCCAAGAUGCUGGAUCAAGAAUCCGAUUCCCACAAGUUCGGAUAUAGCCAGCAAAAGUUGCACUGAAAGCUUACAAACAAGUCUGCCAUCACAGCAUUAUCAUGGCAAGACCAUGACAGGUACACCUUUAAGAUUAUAUCACACUCUUGAUGAUGACAUCAAACAAGGUAAAAAGGAAGAAGUGGGUGCUCAGGACGAGGUAAACAAAUGGCUCGAAAAUGUCCAUAGCAAGUCUUCAUCAAGUCUAAAUCCAUUGGCACAUGAUCCCAAACAGGAAAAACAGAGGAAGCUGAAAACUAUACCGAUCCCUGAAGUUCACAAGAAACUGCAUCUAGUGCUUCACUCCCUUGCAGCUGUACAGGGGGCUAUGCAACAGCUGCAGGAAAAGUUAGUGACAAGUGAUGCAAAUGAAUGGCAGGAAGCCAUUGCCAAGACAACACAAUUAAAGGCAGACUACUUAAACGCCAAAGAACAACUGAACAUGAGCCAGAUGUCCGAACUAAAGUUGAAAUUGGAUGCAAGGAGGAAGAAAAGGUUCUGGGUUUUUGGAACUUCUCCAGCAGUUGCUGAUCUAUCAUCUAGUGUGUUAUGUUGAUAUCCUGUCAUAAUGCUUGACGUCCUCUGUGUAUGUCAAGAAAACAUAUCCUUUGCCUAUCCAUUGGAUGUGUAUCCUUUGCAAGAAAAAGGCAGCAUAAAUAACUGACUGGCAGAUAUAAAGAACCACCAUAGCCUUCAGUAAUCAGCUUCAUGGUUCCUGCUUUUGGAAGCUCUUGCAUACCAAACAUUCUUCUUCCAUACACCAAGUUUUGUGAAAAGUGGGGAGAUCUGACUUCACGUAUAAAAUUCUUGACCCCCAGGUGAUGGUACAGCCAAGGGUCUCAAGACAAACUUCAUUUAGUAAAUGCAUUGUGGUCCUUUUUGAAACUUGAUUUAUUUAACAUUUCAUAUUUAAUUCUAGUGCCAGUAAAUCUGCAGCACCUUGAUCUAAUGUAUAUCAACAGGUUUUGUAACUAACCCAGCCCUAAACUGUAAUUUUGGUAGAAACUAUAUGCAAUAUUUGUUUACUAAGUUCUGUAAUAUUGACUGUUUUCGAUGUACCAUGUCUUGAAUCAGAUGUGAUGACCUGAAUGCCAUGUUAGUUUUAUUAUUCAAGGGUUACAUUUGAAUGGAAGGUUUCUUUUUCAGCAGGGAUAAAAAAUGCUGUAUAGAUCCUUUAUCCAUUUAGUCAUUGGUAUUUUUGAAAUUAUUGUUCAUGAGAUCAUAACUUUGGCAUAUCUUUUGUUUGAAUUGGAGUUCAGAUAAAUAUUUUCAGUCAUCCGUGCUUGUGUGUUUAUAAAAUCUUGAACUGUUUCAAAAGUAGUGCUUGUUUUACUUCGAAGAUCUUGAACUUUAGGCAGGCAAGUCUUAGCUCUCAAAUUAAAGUGUAGGAUGAGUAGAUAAAAAUGAUUUGGAAAAUUUGGCAAAAAAAAAAAAAGUAUGCAUUUCCACUAGUAUGCAGUAUUUGUUUGAAAAAAAUUGUUGUGAUAUAUUUCUGCACUAGAUGCGGCAGAAGAAGCGUAAAGAAGAAGUGAAAGAGGAUGAACAGCAAGAGCUGUAUGAACGUGCACAGAAGCAUUUGGCAAUUGAUCAAUGGCGCCACCAAAUUCAGCAGAAAAUUUAAAGCAGAAGCAGAUAAAAGAAAUGAAAUUGACUGCUGACAAAACACUUGGCAAAGUUGUCCGAGAAAUACGUGAAGCACGAAAAAUGAAGGACACACUGGCUGGGUUGAAAAAACUGCGUGCCAUCCGCAGUGAUGCAGCAGAGAACAGGGGUCAGCUAUUUCCAUCAUCAGUUGGCGAGCAUUUUAACAGCAAAACGGAUGACUUGAUGGAGCUGCUUACUGAACAAAUUGUGGCCUGUGAGAAAGAGGAAGCUGCUCUCAAGUUGAUUGUUCAGACGGAGCAGGCUGAAGCAAGGGAGAAAGAGGAGAAUGCAAAGCGCCAGCGCCAGAAAGAGGAAGAGGAGCAAGGUUUGCAAGAGGACCUCACCAGCCUGUUUGGUCAAGAAGUGAUGUACUACAACAACAGCUCUAUGGUGCCCUUUGAGCAGUUCUACCAGCAGGCAUGCUUGAACCUUCAUUCUCUGUUAGCCAUCAGGGAGACCUGGGACUCAUUUCUAGUGCCUGAAGGAACUCCAGGCAGCAGCCAAGUACCAGAUGGUUGGGUGGAACCAGAGCCACCAUCCAGUACUACAUGGGCAACUGCUUUGAAAACAAGUUGACAAGAUAUUUUCAGUACUUUUUACUAGCAAAAUAUUGACACAUAAGCGCAGGGUG